AUGGCCACCCGCCGGUGGUACCUCGAGACCUCUCCGGACCGAUAUCAGUUCGUCUCGCUCAAGCGCUCCCGCUCCUACCACGACCGCCGCCACCACCACCACCGCCAUCGCCAAGAACCUCAACCGCAGCCGCAGCCGCAGCCACCGACCCACCACUGCUGCCGUGAUGACUGUGCGCAUGUGUCCCGGGAAGACUGGAACGGCCUCGUGGAACGGGAGCGCAAGCUCCGUGAGGUCAACGACGUUCUCACCCGCGAGAACUACUCCCUCAAGUGCGACCUCCAAGCCUCCAACACCGAGGGCCAGCGCCUGAGCGGCCUCGCCACAACGUUGCAGGCCGAGAACCAGCUCCUGCGGGAGGAGAACGCGUCGCUGCGCUGCUCGAUCGAGAACUCGGGCGGCAACGCCGCCAAGUACCUGCGCGACCUCGAGCGGGUGAGGAGCAAGCUGGCCAAGGUGGAGAGAGAGCGGGACGGGCUGGUCGCGCGGGUGAGGGAGCUAUCGCGUCACGCCCACCACGGCGUUUCGGAGCGCAUCGAGGAGCUGAGGCGGCUGGUGUCCACGUGGGAGAGGAAGUUCGACGCGGUGGAGGAUCACAACAAGAGGCUGCGGAGGGACCUCGAUGCGCAGCGGACCUUUAUCGCGGAGCAGGGCGCCAAGAUACGCGUGUACGAGCGGGUCCUUCGUCGGCACGGCUUCAUUACGUUCCAGUGA